CGGUCCCCCGUGACGUCACGGCCCGUAGUCUCGUCCUCCCCCGGCCUCCGCACUUUACCCCGCAGAAGAGCCAUUUUCCCUCAAAUCCGGCCCCUCCAUUCAUCCGCUCCGCCGCCGCCGCUGAGAACACGCCUGAAGAUGGGAAACUGCCAACCUACAGUUUUUCCCGCCGAGGACUUUGACGUGGUGGCGGACAUCAAGGCCAUCCGAAAGGCCUGCAAAGGCCUCGGAACCGACGAGCAGGCAAUCAUCGAUGUUCUGGCGAACCGCAGCUGGGUUCAGCGUCAGGAUAUAAAAAAUGCUUAUUUUGAAAAGUAUGAUGACGAGCUGGUGGACGUCCUGAAGAAAGAACUGUCUGGAAACUUUGAGAAGGCCAUCCUCGCUAUGCUGGACCCGCCCGUGGUUUACGCCGUGAAGGAGCUGAGGAAGGCCAUGAAAGGCCCGGGCACCGACGAGGACGUCCUGGUGGAGAUCCUCUGCACAGCCACCAACGCUGACAUCGCCAUGUUUAAGGAAACCUACUUCCAGGUGCAUGAACGUGAUCUGGAGGCAGACAUCGAGGGAGACACCAGCGGCGACGUUCGAAACCUCCUCACUCUCCUCCUGCAGGGCAACAGGGAUGAAAGCUACCUGGUGGACGAGGAUCUGGCCGAACAAGAUGCUACGUCUCUGUUUGAGGCUGGAGAAGGUCGCUUUGGGACGGAUGAAUCCACCUUCAGCUACAUUCUGGCCACCAGGAACUACCUGCAGCUUCAGGCCACGUUCAAGGUCUACGAGCAGCUCUCUGGAACUGAGAUCCUGGACGCCAUUGACAACGAGACCUCUGGAACCCUGAAAAGAUGCUACACCGCUCUGGUGAGGGUCGCUAAAAACCCGCAGCUGUACUUCGCCAGGCGGCUGCACAAAGCCAUGAAAGGAGCGGGCACCGACGAGGACACCUUGAUCCGUAUCAUCGUCUGUCGUUCCGAGUUUGACCUGGAGACCAUCAAGGACAUGUAUCUGGAAAAGUACGACGUGUCGCUGAAGGACGCGCUGCGGGACGAGUGCAGCGGCGACUUCAAGCGCCUCCUGCUGGCCAUCUGCCACUGAGAGGAAGACAUGUAGGAAGAUUCAGGGGGCUGAUAGCACUGAAGAUCCUGAAACAUAAGUGACCUUUUAAUGUAGGGUUUUCCUGUAGGCAGAGGCGAGUAGAGGCGGGGCUUAAUCACCCCUCAAGUUUUACUAACACUCCUGGAGAAACUCCCCCCACAUGAUUUGUGAUUGGUUCAGUCCGUUAUCCCUCAACGAGACAGUUUGGAUUCAGGAAUGAAGACGUUUUCUCUCCUGAAACAUAUUCAGUCUUUUCACCUUUUAGAUCACCACAAGAACUAAAGUUUGUUGAUUUUAAACACGGGAUGUUUUAAGCCAGACUUUUUAACUUUAAUAUUUUUAGAACUUCUGUAAUUUUUUAGCUAAAAUAGAAAACAAAUCAAAAUUUUAUUGAUUCCAUUUCACUCCAGUUUAUACUGAAACUGUUUCAAGAUGCUCCACCAAAACGGUCCAACGCUUAUUCCUAUAAAGACGCAUGAUCAUAGUUAUUAUUCAGGCGUGCUAAGCCCCUCCCACUCCCAAACUGUCCCAGCAUGCCGCUGCCUUCAGGACUGUCGGAACCAGCAGUUCCACCAGGUGAACUUAUGCACCUCAUCGAUCAUCCGUCCGAUGAUGCUUUCGCUCCCCCAGGUCCUAAAGAAGGUCACGCUGCUUCCUGUGAUGUCAUGUAUUCUUCGCUGCUGCUCUUCUUCACUGUGGUCAUGAAAUAUGCAAUCACCCCAUGAAGUUUCUGCUCUAAAGGGAUGAGAAGUUUGUAUUGAAGGAUGUUUAAGGUUCAUGAAGUUUAUCCACAGGAUUCUUCUGCUUCCUAUAAAUGAAAGAAUAUUCUAAUUCGUAGUAUAUUUGCUCUGUACUACUAUGAAAUAGUGAAAAGUACCCUUCACGUUUUAUUAAUCACAUGUAUUUAAAGACUAACAGAGAGUGAACUAAUAUAUAUCAGAGGAUGGAACCGGCUGUCUUAAGCAGCUCGUCUAUAAUAUGUGAAAAUAACACUGUAUUUUUGCCACGUUUAAUGUUAUUUUUCAACGUAGCAGCAAAUACUUUACUGUCUGUAGCCAAAGAUAUUUCUAACCAGAAUUCUAGUAAAGUUCUGUGUUUCAUCAUGAAGUGCUUUUAAUAUUAAAUUGAAUUAAACCUGAAAAA